UAGUUAAGUGAGAGCAGCAGCGGAGGAAGAAGAAGGAACAAAAUAAAGAAAAUCAGAAAAAAAAGGAAACUUCCCGGUCCCGCUGAUGGUCACACGCCAGCUUUGAGAUCUAAAUCUGAGUGAGCAGGAGGAGAGAGAGAGAAAAGUGAAUCCAUCACCACCAUGAAGCAGUGGAGUCGCCUCUGCUUCCUCGUUCUAGUGGUUUCUCCUAUUUGCCUGGGGACAAAUGCAACAAAUACACAGGGUAACAAAGGUUCCCUUAACACCCCGACCCCUACCCCAUUCCUUCAAGGUGACAGUAAAGAUCUCGGACCCUCUGUGAAUUUGACCUUAGAGGAAACAACCAACACAACUGCAGAAGGAGUGGUUCCCAAUAAUGUAACACAGGCUGAAGAAACAACAACACAAGCCGCCACCUCGCCCACUGAAGUCAAAAGGAGUGUCCACACCAGCAGUUCUCCUACAACACCGACUCCCAGCUCACCCACUACAGUAGUGCCUGCAACUGGGUCAUCUGCAGGUUAUGUGGUCCUGGUGUUGAUCAUCAUAAUGAUUAUUGCUCUGUGUGUAAUCCUCUACCUCUUGAGGAGAGCCUCCAGGACGUAUUCAUUUGACCUGCAGCGUCCAAGUCCUGCCAACCAUCUCAACCAGCCCACUGGCACCUUUGAACAAGUCUACCUGGAUGAUCUAGAGCGACCAGCACCUAAAGAUAUUGCAGCCACUGAUGACCUUUCUCAUCCGCCGGUAGCUAACGGCACAAGUCUGCAUUCAGAGGAAAAGGACUCCACUGGAGAGACCGCUCCUGAGGAACAGCCAGAAGCAAAUGGUGUGGAGACCUCACCCACUGACAACACCACGCCUUCACUGAGCAGUGAUGAAGGUGAUAAGACAUCCGACCCACCAAGCAGUACCAACCUGUUCUUUGAUGCUAUUGAGGAGCAGCAGAAUGAAAACAACAACAACCCAACAGUUUCCUCCAGUGACCCAUUUGUUGAAAUAAGCCUGGAUGAGCCGGCCUGGUGCGAUCAGCUCCUCAACUCUUCUGAAGCACCUUCUUCGGUCCUCCCCUUCUCUCCUUUUUCAUUAUCCUCCUCGUCCUCUUAGCACCGCUGUGAUCAACAUGUAGAGGCCUGUAAUCAUGAUGCUAGCUCAGAUGAAGCUAGCUUUAACUGCCUUCUUAUUGUGUUUUAUUGUGUUUUCCAUGUUCUGGCCUCAAACUUAGCCUCAUUUAGUUUUUUUUUUCUUUCUAAAACUAAAUGUUGGACUUUGAAAGAACUUUACUUGAAUUGCUUAAAAGUGAAAAUAUGGGAAUCCCAAAGCCAGUGUUUUUCAAUUAUUUCAUGCCUAAAAACCACCAA